AUGCGUCUUCUAACCCACAACGCCACAAACAACACCUACACCCUCCACGACUUCACCAACCGUGAUAUCCCCUCUUACGCCAUCCUCUCACACACCUGGGGUCCUACGGACUCCGAAAUCACCUUCCAAGACUUACACACAUCCACCCCCUCAGACGCCAAACCAGGCUGGCUCAAACUCGCCUUCUGCGCCGCCCAAGCGCUCAAAGACAAACUCCAAUAUUUCUGGGUCGACACCUGCUGCAUCGAUAAAUCCAACCCCGUGGAACUGCAAUAUGCGAUCAACAGCAUGUUCCGCUGGUACCAGGGGGCGGGGCGGUGUUAUGUGUAUCUUGAGGAUGUGGAUGUAAAUCAAGCUUCGUUUGACUGGGAAGCCUUUCAAAAGAGUCGCUGGUUCACGCGCGGCUGGACGUUGCAGGAGCUAUUAGCGGGGCGGAAUGUGGUGUUUUUCGGAAAGGGGGGCGUGAGGAUUGGUGAUAAGAUGGAGCUUGAGGGUCGCAUUCAUCGGAUCACGGGGAUUGAAGUUGGGGCUUUGAGGGGGGGUGCGCUGGCGGGGUUCUCGGUGGAGAGGAGGUUAAAUUGGGCGAGGGGACGGAGGACGAGGUAUGUCGAGGAUGGGAUUUAUUGUUUGCAGGGCAUUUUUGGGGUGUAUAUCCCGUUGAUUUAUGGGGAGGGGAGGGAGAAUGCUUUUGUGAGGUUGAGGGAGGAGAUUGAUCGGGAUGCGAAAAGGGCUAAACGGGGAGAUUUCCAGAUUGCGUUUAGUCUGGAGUUUGUUUUUGAUGUUGAGGGGUUUGUGGGGAGGGAGGGUGAGUUGGAAGAGAUCCGUCAGUCACUUGUUGGUGAGGGGAAGAAAAGGGUUGUUUUGCAUGGGUUAGGUGGGAUUGGGAAAACGCAGCUUAGUAUUGAGUACGCGAAACGGUUUAAAGAUUCCUACUCUGCUAUAUUCUGGCUUGACGUCCGGGAUGACGAUACGUUGAAAGAGAGCUUUGGUAGAGUUGCGAGACAGAUAUUGAGGGAGCAUCCUACGGUGGGUUGUCUGAGUGGCAUUGAUGGGAAGGAUUCGAGUGAAGUGGUUGAGGGCGUGAAGACAUGGUUGGGUAUGCCACAUAAUACGAUGUGGUUGCUGAUACUUGAUAAUUACGACAACCCAAGGGGUCGUGGGAAUACUGAUUCAGGUGCUGUGGAUAUCGUGACGUUCCUUCGAAAAUUAUAUCAAGGCUCUGUACUCAUCACCACGCGGUCGUCGAAACUUCGGAGCGGUCAUGCUAUCCACAUCCGCAAGUUCAGUAACGUGGACGACAGUCUUGCCAUUUUGUCAAGCGUGUCCAGACGGCAGGAUCUUCAGAAGGAUCCUGAUGCCAUCGCCCUCGCUCGAGAACUUGAUGGUCUUCCUCUUGCCCUCGCAACCUCAGGAGCAUACCUCGACCAAGUUUCAAUAAGCAUCUCCUCCUACCUCCGCCUGUACAAAUCAUCAUGGGCGCGUCUCCAAACCAUAAGUCCUCAGCUCGACUCCUACGAAGAUCGAACACUCUACUCCACAUGGCAGGUUUCCUUCGAUCAUGUCUUCCAACAGAACCCGCUUUCGGCAAAAUUGCUUUGUUUCUGGGCGUAUUUUGAUAAUCAAGAUCUAUGGAUGGAAUUACUACAACAUGCAGAGUGUGGAUGUCCUUCGUGGCUCCAAGAAGUCGUAGACGAUGAGAUUAGUUUCCAUGAUACCAUGAGAGUGUUGUGCGAUCAUGGUCUUGUGGAAGCAGAUGUGAGUAGCGACGCAACAGCAGAAUCGCGGGGCUAUAGCAUACAUAAAUGCGUUCAUAGCUGGAUCAUCCACGUCUUGAAUCAAGACUGGGACUACGAACUUGCUACGCUCGCCGUCCAACUGAUUGGCCAACACUCCACCGUUGACGAGAAAGACGAUCGACCAUGGCUUACAUAUCGACGACUUCUUUCGCACGCGAGUAGAGCUGUAUAUCUCAUCUCAGAUGGAUUAAUACAAGAAGAUAAAGUCACAUUGGCAUCCUACCAACUCGGUCGUCUCUUCAACAAACUAGGAAAACGAGACGACGCUGAAAAAAUGUAUGAACGAGCUUUACAAGCAGACGAAAACACCCUCGGACCAACACACAUCUCGACUCUAAGCACGCUCAACAGUCUAGCAAACAUCUACCGCGAAAAAGGCAAGCUCGACGUAGCAGAAGAAAUGUUUGAGCGCGCAUUAAAAGGCCACGAAGAUGUAUACGGCAAAGAAGUCCCGUUAACACUGAAUAUCAUCAAUAAUCUCGGCAACACGUAUAAAGACCAAGGGAGGCUAGACGAUGCAGAACGUAUGUAUCUGCGCGCGAUGGCUGGGUAUGCGAAGGUUGGGGGGAAGGAGGAUGUACAGUACCUGGAUACGGUUAAUAAUCUCGGAAACGUGUAUGCUGAUCAGGAUGAAUUCGAGAAGGCGGAGGAGGUGCUUGAUAUUGCGCUUAAGGGGAUGCAGAAGGUCUUAGGUCCGAAGCAUACGUCGACGCUUGAUGUGAUGAAUAAUCUCGCGUUGGUCUACGCCAAAUUGGAUAAACUCGUUGAAGCGGAGGAUAUGUAUCAGCGUGCCAUCACCGGGUAUACGGAGGCGUGGGGCGCGAAGAGUAUUCAAACGCUUGAUGUGCGAAAUAAUCUAGGAAUGUUGUAUGCGGAUCACCUAGGGAGAUUGGAAGACGCGAAAGUGGUGUAUGAGCAGGUACUUGAGGGGUAUGAGGAGGUGCUUGGGAAGGAGAAAUUUAUGGAGUAUGUGCCGGCGUUGCAUACGAUUUGGAAUUUGGGGGAGGUGGCGGAAAAACAAGGGGAUUUAGAAGGUGCAAGGGAUUUUUAUAGGAGGGCGUUGGAGGGAUAUGAAAAGGCGUUGGGAGUCGAGAAUGAGAUUUGUGUUGAGUCGAGGGAGAAGAUUGGGGAGGUGGAUGGGAUUUUGGAGGGGAUUGGGAAAGAAGGUGGGAAAGAAGGUGACAGAAAGUCUGGUAUGAAAGAAGGUGGUGAAAAAGAGGCAGAUGAAAACGAAGGAGGUGAGAAAGAAGUGGUUGUCAAAGAAAGAGGAGGAGAUAGGAAAGAAACGGAAGGUGUUCAAGAAGAGAUACCCCCGGUAACUGAAAAGACGCCGAAGAAAUCGAAACGACAUAGGUUCUUAAAGAAGCUUAUGUUUAAAAAGAUGAUAGGAUAG